AUGGUUGCUGUCAUUGCUGGCCCUGAUGCCGAGGGCGUGGAGUCUGUUGCUUUCGAGGCACCUUUAUCUCAGGCGUUCGGAUAUGGUAUCAUUGUCGGGCUGGGGUUCGCUUUCGCCCUGGUCAUGAUCUUUAUUACCUGGGCUCUCAAGAGGUAUCAGCAUGAAGUCAUUACCUCUGAGAUGUUCUCCACGGCUGGACGUAGUGUCAAGUCUGGUCUUGUUGCCUCUGCUGUUGUGAGUAGUUGGACUUGGGCUGCUACUCUUCUCCAGUCGUCUGCUGUGGCCUAUCAGUAUGGCACUUCGGGUCCUUUCUUCUAUGCAUCUGGUGCCACUGUUCAGAUUAUCUUAUUUGCAACCCUAGCUAUCGAGCUUAAGAGACGCGCUCCUAAUGCGCAUACCUUCCUCGAGGCGAUUCGUGCCCGCUAUGGCACACCGGUGCACAUUGUCUUCAUUGUCUUCUGCCUGAUGACCAACAUCCUCGUCACUGCCAUGCUGCUCACUGGUGGCUCUGCGGUAUUGACCUCCAUGACUGGCGUUUCGACAACUGCUGCUUGUUUCCUUCUGCCAAUCGGUGUGGUGCUCUAUACCCUGUUCGGUGGUAUCAAGGCUACCUUUAUCACCGACUACAUGCACACGGUUGUCAUUAUCGUCAUCAUUUUCAUCUUCUCCUUCUCCGCAUACGCCACCAGUGACAAGCUUGGCUCUCCAGGAAAGGUGUACGAUCUCUUGGUCCAGGCUGCGCAACUUCACCCAGUCGAGGGAAACGCCGAGGGAAGCUACCUCACUAUGAGGUCCAAGGACGGAGGUAUAUUUUGGGUCAUCAACUUGGUCGGAAAUUUCGGUACUGUCUUCCUAGACAACGGAUACUACAACAAGGCCAUUGCUGCUCACCCAGUCCACGCUUUCCCUGGUUAUGUCAUUGGCGGUCUUUGCUGGUUUGCUAUUCCCUGGCUCUGCGCUACGACUAUGGGCCUUUCCGCCCUCGCCCUCGAGGGAGGUCGCCGCAUUGCCUCUGUUGAUGUGACUGCUGGUCUUGUGCUCCCCUUCGCCGCCGUCGAACUCCUCGGCUACAGCGGCGCCGUCUGCACGACUCUCAUGAUAUUCAUGGCCGUCACAUCUGCCUUCUCCGCGCAGCUCAUCGCCGUCUCCUCCAUCUUCACUUACGACAUCUACCAAGCCUACAUCAACCCCGAAGCCAAGGGCAAGCGCCUUGUCUGGAUCUCCCACUUGUCCUGCAUCGUCUUCGCCCUCGUCAUGGCCGGCUUCUCGACCGGUCUCUACUACGCCGGAAUCGGCAUGGGCUACCUCUACCUCCUCAUGGGCGUCAUCAUCUCCUCCGCCGUCUUCCCCGGCGCCAUGACCCUCGUCUGGAAGGGCCAGAACUGGAUCGCGGCCGCCGCCUCCCCAGUCCUCGGCCUCGCCAUGUCCCUGAUCGCCUGGCUCGUCACCACAAAGACCGAAUACGGCGAGUUCACUGUCGAGACUACGGGCGCCAACUACCCCAUGCUUGCAGGCAACGUCGCCGCGCUGCUAUCGCCUAUAGUCUUCUCCCCAGUCCUCACCUACGUCUUUGGACCCCAAAACUACGACUACGAGUCCAUGCGAGCGAUCCGCAAAGUCGACGACUCGGACGUCGCCGCAGCCGCCCACAUCGACCUCGAACUCGUCCCCGGCGAAAACACCAGCGCCUCCGAAGAGGAGGAGGAAAUCCGCAAGCUCAACAAGGCCGCCUUCCUUUCGCGCACCCUCACCAUCGGCAUGGUCAUCUGCUUCUUACUCCUUUGGCCGAUUCCCAUGUACGGUAGCUCAUAUGUCUUCUCGAAGCAGUUCUUCACGGGCUGGGUUGUUGUGGGGAUCAUCUGGUUGUUUGGCACGGCGUUUGGAGUCGUCCUCUUCCCGCUUUGGGAGGGGCGAAGUAGCAUGGUUCGGGUUGCGAGGCUUAUGUACUAUGAUGCCAUGGGGAGGAAGAGGGCUGCGCUUGAUGGAAGGAGGGAGGUUGAGGAGGAGACUUCCGGGGUUGCGACGCCCACGGAGAAGAAUGUUGCAAAGUCGGAUUCGACUGCUUAA